AUGGCGCCGGCGGGCGGCAGAGCUUGCAGCAGGGGGCGGGAGGACACGAGAAUAGCUGGUUCUGAUUGGCUCGGGUUCCCGCGGCGACUGGCGAUUGGUGCUCGCGGCCGCCCUUCUGGAGGCUUCGGCUCUAGCGCUGAGGGGAGGGUGGUGUCCGGCCCGGGAUGGCGGCAGGAGGCUGCCGUGGGAAUGAAUGGAUACCCUGCUCGUGUGAGGCAGACCUCCCUGCACAGCCCUGUGCUCGCUGCAAAGACGUCCCCGGGGCCGGGCGCAGCUCCGCCGGGGCCGCCGUCCGCCGCGGAGCAGCCCGUGGUCCUGAGCACCAACAGCCCCGCCGCCCUGAAGGUGGGCACGCAGCAGAUCAUCCCCAAGAGCUUGGCUUCCGAAGUCAAGGUGAGCGGCAAAGCCAACGGCCAGAGCGCGGAGAGCAGGAGGGUGCUGAAGGUCCGCAGCAUGGUGGAGAGCCCCAGCCUGCCCUUGGUGGCCGACGGCGAGGAGGAGGCCGAGGGCGAGCUGGACAGCCCGGGCACGCUGAGGCGAGGCCUGAGGUCGACGUCCUACCGCAGGGCCGUGGUGAGCGGCGUGGACUUCGACGGCUCUGCGAAUUUUAAGAAAAAAAACAGAAUGUCCCAGCCCGUACUUAAAGCGGUUGUUGAAGAUAAAGAGAAGUUCUCGAGCCUGGGGAGGAUGAAGAAGAAAAUGCUGAAAGGACAAGGGACGUUUGAUGGGGAAGAAAAUGCUGUGUUAUAUCAGAACUAUAAAGAAAAAGCUUUGGACAUAGAUUCUGACGAAGAGCCUGAGCCCCAAGAGCAGAAAUCGGAUGAAAAGGUUGUUUUUUGCUAUAAGCCCCUGAGAUCAACGUGGAGUCAGCUGUCCAUUGUAAAGAAGAAUGGAUUAUCAGAUGCGAUCAGCCAGGAAGAAAGAAAAAGACAGGAGGCGAUAUUUGAAGUGAUAUCUUCUGAGCAUUCUUAUUUGCUGAGCUUGGAGAUUCUGAUCCGGAUGUUUAAAAAUUCCAGGGAACUGAGCCUCACAAUGACCAAAACAGAGAGCCAUCACCUUUUCUCCAACAUCACAGAUGUUUACGAAGCAAGCAAAAAGUUCUUUAAAGAACUUGAAGCAAGACAUCAGAACAACAUCUUCAUUGAUGAUAUUAGUGAUAUAGUUGAAAAGCAUACGUCUUCAACGUUUGAUCCGUAUGUGAAGUACUGCACCAAUGAAGUCUAUCAGCAGCGAACACUGCAGAAAUUACUAGCCACAAAUCCAGCGUUCAAAGACGUGUUAUCACGGAUCGAGUCCCAUGAAGACUGCCGGAAUUUACCAAUGAUCUCUUUCCUCAUUCUUCCCAUGCAGAGAGUUACUCGUCUUCCCUUACUGAUGGAUACGAUUUGUCAGAAAACUCCAAAGGAUUCACCAAAAUACGAGAACUGCAAGCAAGCUCUAAAAGAAGUGAGCAAGCUGGUGCGCUUAUGCAACGAAGGUGCUCGGAAGAUGGAAAGGACAGAAAUGAUGUACACAAUUAACUCCCAACUGGAAUUUAAAAUCAAGCCAUUUCCAUUGGUUUCCUCUUCACGAUGGUUAGUGAAAAGGGGUGAAUUAACAACAUAUGUAGAAGACACUGGACUUUUUUCUAAAAGGACUUCUAAGCAGCAGGUGUACUUCUUCCUCUUUAAUGAUGUCCUCAUUAUCACCAAGAAGAAGAGUGAAGAGAGUUACAACGUCACAGAUUACUCUUUAAGGGACCAGCUGGUGGUACAACAAUGUGACAGCGAGGACCUGACUUCUUCUCCUGUAAAGAAUGCUUCAACGAUGCUCUACUCGCGGCAGAGUUCUGCGACUCACCUCUUCCGACUAGCGGUCCUCAGUAACCACGCAGGAGAGAAGGUGGAGAUGCUCCUGGGAACAGAGACUCAGAGUGACAGAGCUCGCUGGAUUACAGCGCUUGGACAGGACAGAGACGGGCAGAACACGGACAGGACGACUUUGACUCAGGUAGAGAUCACCAGAACUUACACAGCAAAGCAGUCGGACGAACUGUCUCUUCAAGUUGCUGAUGUUGUUUUAGUUUAUCAAAAAGUAAAUGAUGGUUGGUAUGAAGGCGAACGAUUGCGGGAUGGCGAAAGAGGUUGGUUUCCCAUGGAGUGUGCUAAAGAAAUCACGUGUCGUGCCACAAUUGACAAGAACAUGGAGCGGAUGGGACGCUUACUUGGACUUGAAACCAAUGUGUAG